UAUAAAUAGUGAGCCGAAGCGACCAGACCAUAAUAUAGGCUAGCUGUAAUUUUUUUAAAAACUUGUACAAAAUUGUAAAAAAAAAGUAAUUAAUUAAUUAAUUAACAUGGAUGGAAAAUUAUUACUCACCGUGUGUGUGGUACUGGUCUUGUCGUGUUACGUGCAUGCUCAACGAGGGUCAGGAAGGGUUCGGGGAGGCAACAGACAAAGACGUCCCAUAACUCCACCAGAGGGCGACAGGUACACGUGGUCACGUGACCUUGGUGAUGGCGUCUCAGUGGAAGAGGCCGCCUUUGUGCCAAACGAUACCAACAUUGUGUUACUCCGUUCAUUCGACGACAACCUCAGGGCCCGUAACUACAGCAAAGGGAGCACACUCUACGACUUCACCACACCAGAUGCCCUUGUGGUCAUCGGCAUCUUUGGCCCCUGUUUUGUGACCAACACCAACUUGACCUUCCAAGCCGUGGUGGACGAGCUGGCCGCUAGGAAUGGUUCCAGCGUCAACGCCACCGAGCUGGUGUAUCUGGAUGGCACCAUGGCGCCCCUCUCUCUGCCAGAGACUGAGGCCCUCUUUACCACCAACCCCGCCGUCCGUCGGGCGUGUAGGGACGGUCGGGUGGUCAUCACAGUACCGCUAGGGGCCAACCCAACCCCCUUCACUGGCGAGACCGAAAACGUCGUCGUCUCCGUCCUUGACGCCGCCAUCAGCAUCACCAUCCAACAACGACCCCGUAGGAACUUCUUCCCCGGGCAAGGCUUCGGUCGCCCCGCCUUCCCCAACCAACGAUUCCCCGGUCAAAACCCACCCCCCUUCCCCGGUCAAAACCCAUCUCCCUUUCCCGGUCAAAGCCUUCCCCCUUUCCGUGGACAAAACCCACCCCCUUUUCCCGGACAGAACCCCAGAUUCCCCGGACAGAGCCUCGCACCUUUCCCCGCCGGUCAAGUUAACCCCAGCACCCCAGAAGCCUCUACUGAUUCCACAACUGCCCCCACGACCCCUGUGGUACCCGUUUAAAGACGGCAACACCCCUAGGAUCAACCCCACCCUCGACAGCAACAAAACCAACGAAUUCACUAGAAUCAGCAUUACCACUUCUACUGCCAACUUUCUAUAAAAAACCUGCACCCGACUAGAUGUCUUCAGUGAUGUUCAGUAACGUAACAAUUAAUAUUGCAUCUAAAUAUUUACAAAGAAUAAAUAAAUACAUAAUGUAGAAUGAUAUUGCUGUUUUGUUUUUAUUUACUUCUUUGAAGGUUCAAAUAAACAGUAUAAAUUUUAAUCAA